AUUUCAAUUUAUCAAUCUUCAAUCUCAAUCAUCAAUGCGUAGUCUGAUUCCAGCCUAAAGCAAAUCGUGAUUGGUGUGACGCAGUUGAAAACAAUUGCGAUUUGCCAUACAGGUGGUUUAGUUGCAGCUGGAGAAAAGAUAUCGUAGUUGAAAGUUUAUGAAACGUUCUCGUGGAGCAAAAAAUCAAUUCAAUUUCCAAAACAAAAGAUGUCAUUUUUGUCAUGCAGUGUAUUAUCGUGCAGAUGCCGAAAAAUAAGGAAAAUAACAAACGGAAGAAGCAAGUGGAUGAUGAGGGCGAUGAGGAUUAUCGAAAACGGCGGGAUCGGAAUAACCAGGCUGUGAAACGAUCGAGAGUGAAGAGUAAAUUACGCACGCAACAAACCUUGGAACGAGUAAAUCAAUUGAAAACGGAAAACGAAUUGUUGGAGGAGAAAAUUAAAAUGCUUACCAAGGAACUUGGAUUUCUCAAGGAUCUUUUUAUUGCACAUGCAGGCGGUUCCAGUCAACACUCCAUAAACAUCCAAGAUCUAGAUUUGAAUUCUCUGCUGGCGGAAGAAAAACAGGCGGAAGAAUCAUCGGUUAUAAAAACGUCAGUUAUUAAGUCGAGUACCAAGCCGUAAACCUGCACAAGCUCCACGUGAGAAGAAAUCAGCGUGGUAUUAAAUUUGAAACGCGAGACAGCAUUCUGACUCGCUCGAUCAAAACACAAAGCAAGUGGACAUCUUGGAAAGAUGUCCACUUUGAAUUCAUUGAAAACGAUUCUGGAUGCGAAGAGCGUUUCCCUAAAGCGGAUUUUCCAAGUUGCAGUGCAUCGUCAGUGAAUUAUCAUCAGCUAAAUUUACAACUUACUCAAAACUGGAGGCGAAAAGUAAUGGAACUGUCGCAUACAACUCGCGAUAAAUUUGAGUACAAAAGUAUUCAUUUUAAUUGUUAAUCAAUGGAGAAAAAGUAAUUUAAACGAUACAACAAAAAUACCACCAAUAUGUAUGUACGUGUUGAAAAUAAGAGCAUUAUACGCGAUCGUAUCUUGUGCUGUAUUCGCGCGAGAAGUGGCUUUUAUUGUGAAAUGUUAUUUAUCUAUUAGAUCAGUACAAAAGUUCAUGCCCGAUUUAUCAUUUAAA